UCAAGAUUUCUCUGCAAAGCUAAAGCUAGGCUUUAAUGAUUAACAGAGCUGGUAUCAGUCAGAGAAGAAUGAAUCAGUGCUUACGCAGAACCCCUGCCUAAAGGCCACAGCCACAAACUGAAGGGGAAACUCCAAGCAGGAACACACACAUGAAUACACCUUUUUAAGCUCAACUCUCAAUGGCACAGAGCAGAGAACAACUCAAAUCACCGAGAGGGCUGAACAACUCUGGACACAGAAGAGCUGAAAGUUUCAAGGUCUUGUUAUUUUUUUUCUCUCAAGGCUGAAAUCGUCCCGCACGAGUUCGAUCAUUAAUUUUGUCGAUAUCAGCCAUGCUGGUCAUUCCUAGUGAGAUAACGCACUAGGUAAAAUAAACAAGGAGGAUUUGGGCAGAAAGUCACCAAGGGCAGAGAAGAAAAGAUUGGAUUUCAGACCAUGGUAGAGACUGAGGAAACACUGGAGGAAUGGAAAAGGCUGGAACCAGAGUUUGGAGUGAAGGUUUUUCUCACUGUGUUCUACAGCCUCAUCCUGAUCCUUGGCAUUGUGGGUAACAGUGUCACCAUUCGAGUAACACAGGUACUUAAACAGAAUGGCUACCUACAGAAGAAUGUGACGGACCAUAUGGUGAGCUUGGCAUGUUCAGAUUUGUUGGUUCUUCUCAUUGGUAUGCCUGUGGAACUCUACAGUGCAACCUGGUAUCCUUUCACGUCUGCCGAAGGUAACGUGCCCUGCAAGAUCUACAACUUCCUGUUUGAGACAUGCAGUUAUGCUACCAUCUUAAAUGUUGCUACUCUGAGCUUUGAGCGAUACCUGGCCAUAUGCCACCCACUCCGUUACAAAGCGUUGUCAGGUGGACGUACAGCUAAGCUCAUCGUUUUUGCCUGGGUCACCUCAAUCCUAGUGGCAGUGCCCUUGCUUAUCACCACAGGAACACAAACUCACGUACUGAUGUCAAGGGCCCGUACCCACCACAAUCUGACAUUCUGCACCAACCACUCCCAAUACUGGGGUUUGUAUCGUGCCAGCAUUUUCGUGGCUUUUAUGGUGUAUAUUGUGGUGCUGGGUGUUGUUGCUUUUAUGUGUAGGAAAAUGAUUCUGGUUCUGAAGUCCACAAUGGCUCCCAUGGAGACAGCAACAGGUUCUUCAGAGAACUCAUCUAAACAUGUGAGCGACAAGGUGAAAUCAUCAAGGAAACAAACCAUCCUUUUUCUGGGAUUGAUAAUUGGAAUGUUGUUCAUAUGCUGGAUGCCGAACCAAGUUCGUCGGCUGAUGACGGCAGCUAUACCUAGGUCUUCUUGGAACAUAUCGAGCAUCAGAAGUUACGUGGUUCUUCAUCCUAUUGCUGACACAUUUUUCUAUUUAAGCUCUGUACUCAACCCUUUCCUCUACAACCUCUCAUCCCGGCAGUUCCGUUCAGUGUUUGUGCAAGUUCUGCGUUGUCGUUUAAAAUUAGAACAUGUCAACCGAAGAACUGUGAACACCUCAAGGGCGUUGCACGCGACCACACGCUCGUUACAGCCUUUGUUAAGGUCCCUGAGACGUAACAAACCGGAUGCCAAUACCUGUAGCGCUCCUCAGACGGACAGUAAUCCAGCAGUCCCCAAAUCGCAAUCCCCACACACGUCGGAAACUGAAGUCUGAAAGAGGGAAUGAUACUAUUUGCUUGGUAUGUCAUUAACUGUUCUGCAGCUUGAAUCAUGGCCUCCAUGCUAUUGUGGCACAAGGCAAUGUUAUUAUACACUGCUAUUAUAGUAUGAAGCUAGUACUUGCUUUCUCAUCUCAGUUUGAAAUUGUAGUAUUCAUAUGUAACAAAAACAAAUAGCUCUAUAUGUAUGGGAACCCCAGGGUGCAAGGUACACCGUAGUACACCAGUAUUUCAUAUUUUCACCAUCAUAGCAGAACUGAUGAUGGAUAUUGUUAGAAUGUUGAAGCACAGCUGUCUAUAGCCAGUGGGAUGUCACAGAUCCACAUACUCAAAGUUGUUUCAAGGUGAGAAGGGAGUACUAAAAGAUGAAAAACUGGUGAACUUUAACAAAAAAUAAGAGGUACCGAAGAUGAUUUGUCACUGUUAAGGCUUUAAAUUCUCUGUUAAUAGCAACUAAACAGUAUUGACUUUGUGUUUGACACUAUGUUAGUCUCAAACUGUUACUUGUUUCUGCGACAUCAAACGCUUGGCCAUAAGAACAAUAUUUUGAGACAUCCUCCUUUUGAAAAGAUUCUUGUGGUAAAGGAGAUUUCAGACCCAUAUGGGAACUCUGAUCAUUGUUAAGAUCACAAUGUAAAAUGACAGUAAUAAAAAGACUUCUUUUUAAACGAA